UCUCGGAUUACGAAAACACCCCCGUCUCGAUGCACCCGAUCGCAAGGAAUACUUUCUUCCCUCAAAUCGGUGGGCGCGUUUUAAGACGUCCCUGGUGCAUAGGCACGGACGAAGCCUCUAUCCCCAUCCUUCGCGAAACCAUGGGGAUACGGAUGCCUUCUCAGAUCUACUUCCAUUACUUGAUAUCUUCAACGAUGGCGAUCUGAUAGAGACAACAAUCUCCUGCGAAUUUAGGGUUUUUCCAUGGAGACUGAGCUCAAAGAGUUAGAUUCAGAACUCCAAACCACCACCACCACCACCACCACCAACGCCAUCAACAGCAGCAGCAGCAACAACAACAACAAGAAGAAUGGUUGCGAUGACAAUAACAGGCCCGCGGCAAUCGACGAGUCUUCGGCCAAGGACGACCGGCCUCUCCUCAGGUCCGAAUCGCCGGUGAAGGCCCGGGCCUCGCAGGAGGCGGGGAGCAUCCAAGAAAUGGAGAAGAAAUUCGCCGCCUUCGUCCGCAGAGACGUGUACGGCGUCAUGGGGGGCGGCGACCUGCCGUUGCGGGAGAAGGUUCUUGUCGGAAUAGGUCUCGUGAUUCUCGUCCCAAUCCGAUUGGUGGUCGCCCUCACUAUCCUGGUGCUGUACUACUUGAUUUGCCGGCUGUGCACCCUGUGCUCGGUUCCGUAUCGGGAGGACGGGGACGAGCAGCAGGAGGACUAUGCGCACUUGGGCGGGUGGAGAAGGGCGGUGAUUGUUCAGUCCGGGAGGUUUCUUUCUAGGGCUAUGCUCUUCACUCUAGGGUUCUAUUGGAUACGCCGCACCUGUAGUCCCGAGGAACUGAUCGCGGAGGAUGAGAGUAAAGGUAACUCUGAAGAAUCUGAAAGACCUGGGGCAAUUAUAUCUAACCAUGUAUCUCAUUUGGAUAUUUUGUACCACAUGUCGUCCUCUUUCCCAAGCUUUGUUGCUAAGAGAUCAGUGGCUAAGCUUCCUUUAGUUGGCCUAAUCAGCAAAUGCCUUGGUUGUGUGUAUGUCCAGCGAGAGUCAAAAUCAUCUGACUUUAAGGGUGUCUCAGGUGUUGUGACUGAGAGAGUUAAAGAAGCUCAUCAAAAUAAGUUUGCUCCAAUGAUGAUGCUCUUUCCAGAAGGAACAACUACAAAUGGCAACUUCCUCCUUCCAUUUAAGACUGGUGCAUUUUUAUCAAAGGUUCCAGUGCUUCCAGUAAUUUUAAGAUAUCCUUACCAGAGAUUUAGUCCUGCCUGGGACUCCAUUUCUGGGGUACGCCACGUUAUCCUUCUUUUAUGUCAAUUUGUAAAUUACAUGGAGGUGAGACAAUUACCUGUCUACCAUCCUUCACAGCAAGAAAAGGAUGACCCAAAACUUUAUGCCAAUAAUGUUAGAAGGUUGAUGGCUAGUGAGGGUAAUCUGAUAUUAUCAGAUAUUGGACUGGCUGAGAAGCGAGUAUAUCAUGCUGCCCUCAAUGGUAAUAAUAGCCUGCCUACUGUUUUGCAUCAGAAAGACGAUUGAUAAUAUCAUGGCCUUGCCCCCCAAAUGAUAUCUAGUCUCAGUUGGGUUUCUUAGUUUCUGUUGUGUUCUUUGCCCUUGAAUGCACAGCCAGAGACAUUGAUGUCAUAUCAUGGGUCUUGUAAUUCUCUUAUCAUAAUUAUAAAAGUGGCAAUUUAAUGCAGUGCUUUGAUGUGCUCCUGGAUUCUGAAGAGCAUUCAAUCAAAA